AUUGUGUUCCCGCAGUAGCUUCAGUUUCUCCCAGAGUCUCCGAGAGUCUGACCGGUGAUGAAGAUGAAGCUGCUCCUCUUCCUCAGCGGGGUCCUCUGGGUCUCUGCUGAAGUUCUACAUGAGGACCUUCAUAUCACUGGAUGUUCAGACUCCGAUGGAGAGGACAUGUACGCUCUGGACAGAGAACAGCUGUGGUACGCCGACUUCAAGAAGAAAGAAGGAGUCGACCCUCAGCCUCCUUUUAUUGAUCAUAUCAGAUACUCAGAAGGAACUUAUGAACUAGCUGUGGCUGAUCAACAGAUCUGCAGAUCAAACCUGAAGGUGAUUCGUACUGCCAUGAAGGACAUCCCAGAUGAAAACGACCCCCCCUACGGCAUGGUGAUUUACCCCAGAGACGACGUGGAGCUGGGAGAGAAGAACAUCCUGAUCUGUCACGUCUCUGGUUUCUAUCCGGCUCCGGUCAACGUGUCCUGGACCAAAAACGAACAGAAAGUGACUGAAGGAACCAGCAUCAACGCUCCCUUCCUCAACAAGGACUUCACCUUCACCCAGAUCUCCAGGCUGCAGUUCGUCCCUCAGAUGGGAGACAUCUACAGCUGCUCCGUGGAGCAUCCAGCUCUGACUGUACCACUGACCAGGACCUGGGAUGUGGAAACGGACAAUCCUCAGUACGGUCUCGGUCCGUCUAUCUUCUGUGUAGUCAGUCUGACCAUCGGCCUGGUAGGAGCCGCUGUGGGAAUUUACUUCCUGAUCAAAAGGAACAAGCGCAGCUGAUUGGCUGAAGCUGAUUGAUUGAUUGUUUAUCAGUGAGUUAUGUUCAGUUUUAAACCAUUUCUUGUGAGUCUCUGUGUUGUCCUGUCUUUUCCCCUUGAUUGUUCCCAGGCGUUUCUCGUUCUGUGAUUAUCCUAUGGAGUGAUUGAAAAUAGUCUCGAAAGAUUUGUGCGUGUGUAAAAACGGAUUUGUAACUCGUGUAAGCGUCUUUGUGUGUAAGUUUGGAUACUUGUAUCUGUGAUACAUGAUUUGUGUUGAGAGUAAAAAUAAUUAAAAACCUCUUCUCUA